GACUUCGUGUGGUAACAAGCUGUAGGCCACGGCUCCCACCUGUACCAAACUACCCCGCUGCGCACAUUUGGCAGAAAGCGAUCACUUCCUGUACACGUCCGCUAGUUCGCUACCUCAGGCCACUUGGCUGUUGUACCUGUAAAGCAGUUGGCCGAGACGAAUACGACGAGGCAGACGAACUCGUGGCUCUCUCAAUCGCACUGCAGUCGCGUGCUUGUACCUUAGCAAAGUAGACUUGCAGCAAUGGACGACGACAACUUUGACCUGUAUGGCGAUACGGACCUGUACUCAUCGGCUGCUGGAGCAGGUGGAGGCGACGAUGAGGAAGACUUGUUGGGCCUUGAUGACAACGAUGCGCAGGCCGGUGACAAGAGGCGACGCGAGGACAGCGUAGGCCGCAAUGACGGCGGAAAGGCCGGCACGUCAACUUCGACUCCCUUUUUGCCGCCUCCCCGUGAACAACAGCAGCCUCAGCAACAGCCUCAGCAGCCCUCGCCUGCUCCUCAACAGCAGUAUCAGCAGCCUCCGCCCCAGCAGCAGCAGCAGCAGCCUCCUUCUCAACAGCAGCCCUACUCUCAACAGCAGCUCCCCACAUCCCCCAUCUCCGCCCGCCAAGCCCUCGCUGGCCGCCCAAAAGUACAGGACCCCACAAUCCAGAACGCUCUGUACAUCGGUGACCUCAACUGGUGGACAUCAGAUGAGGACAUUCGCUCCGUCGCCGUCUCCCACGCUGGCGUGGACCUUCUGCUCUCCGAUGUGACCUUCUCUGAGCACAAAGUCAACGGCAAGAGCAAGGGGAUCGCAUUCGUAGAGUGUGCGAGCCAGGAGGAGGCUACUAGACUAAAGGAGUGGUUCGAUGCGAACGAGUUUCAAUUCAAGCGCUGCAACGCCACGCUGACGACGAGCGCGAAUGGAAAUCCGUUCAAGACCCUGCCGAAGGAAGCACCGCAACGCGACAACGCAUCCGGUGGACCCAACCGUGGCGGUGGCAUGUUGAAUGGCGGGCCCCGUGGAGGCGGUAUGAUGGGCAACAACGCUAUGAACCGUGGAGGCGGCAAUAUGGGUGGGAUGGGCCGAGGAGGCGGCAACAUGGGUGGAAUGCCCAUGGCAGGCGCGCCUAUCCGCAUGGGCGGGGGCCAGGGGGGACGUGGUGGCUUCAACAACAAUGCCAACAAUGGUAUGAUGGGCGGCGGGAUGCAAGGCAUGGGCGGGAUGAACAUGGGUCAAAUGGGUAUGGGGAUGCCAAUGAUGGGGAUGCAAGGGAUGAUGGGUGGUGGCGGUGUUGGCGGGAACAACAUGAGAGGAGGCAUGAGAGGGGGCUUCCGAGGAGGACGUGGAGGAGGAAUGAACAUGAUGGGUGGAGGGCAGGGUCACUUUAACCCCAACUUCUUCGGUGGUGGAGGCGGCAACCCGAUGAUGAUGAUGAUGGGCAAUCAAGGUCAAGGUCAAGGGCAAGGUAUGCCUGGCGCUCCCUCUGGCCCUUCUGCUGACGACAGGGCGCCCAAGCGACCCCGAGGGGACGAGGGUGGGCAGUAGCCACGAGAAGGGGGAGGGAGCACGAUAACAACAACCCGCAACAUUUGCACAUAUUCACCACGCCUCUUUCUGACAUACGAACAAUGCUAUUAUGAUUCGAAUGCAC